AUGUCCGACAUCGCCACCACAUCUAAUGGAGGGAUGCCUUCGAUACUCAGACCAAGCGCGCCAGCGUAUUCACGGGCUCGCUCACUACCAACAAAUAUCUUGCCAGACAGCAGAAGGAAAUCUAUCGCUGUAGCUCUUUCAAGGAAGAAGCCCGAAGCCGAAAUAGUUCUCGAGGGCCAAGAAUCUGCGUUUGUCCAUGUCUACUCGACUCAUGAUGAAAUUAAAGGCAGAGUCAACCUCAAAUUCGAGAAGGACACAACCCUGGAUGAGCUGAUCAUCACAUUCGAGGGCAUGAGCCAGACUUAUGUCGAGAAGAUCGCCUCCACAGCUCCCACGUCUGGCAGAACGACUGGGAGGCAUGUGUUCUUGAAGCUACUCCAGCCUGUCGACAGUGACGACUUGCCAGAAAACAAUCUACUCAAAGCUGGACAGACGUACAGUGUGGACUUCCUGUUCCGCGUACCACCAUCGCUGCUGCCAUGUGUAUGUUCCCACAAGGUGGACAAUGACGGGCUCCGCAAGGAUCACCUCGAACUGCCGCCCUCGAUGGGCGAUACCUCCAUCUGUGGCGAUGGUCAUCAACUCAUGGACGACAUUGCACCGGCAAUGAGUCGAGUGAGCUAUGGAGUCAGAGUUCGAGCUACGACUCGACUGCCUUCGGGUAAGAUCAUCGAUGCCGCCGAAAGGAUAGAAAAGGUCCUGAUCGUCCCGGGAAAGGAGGAGGCGCCGCCUGUGCACAUCGACGAUCACUCUUUCUACAUCAUGCGGAGAGAGCGAGCAGUCAAGAAGGGUCUUUUCAAGAUCGGAAAGAUCGGCCACAUCACAGCCGAGACGACUCAGCCAAAGCCUUUGAGACUUCACCAUCCACAUAAACGUUCAGCAGAGCCAGUUACUACCACGGCUACGAUAAAUCUGCGCUUCGACCCGCAACACGACGAAGAUCAGCCACCGACCCUAGGCAACAUCGGCAGCAAGAUCCGUGUUUACACGUUCUUCGGCGCCGCGCCUUACAAGAUUCAACCAGAGGUACAUCGGUGCGAUAACUGGAGCAAUCUCCAUGGGGUGUAUUCGGAAUCCGUCGACCUCCUCUCUCGCAACCUUUCUACUGUCUCCUGGACUCGUCACGAGGCUGGCUCGGACAUUAGUCGCACAACGUCUUGUGCCUCAGAUCUCGCACGGCGACCAUCGACCUUCUCUAAUACAAGCAGCACUUCUGUGCCAGAAGCUUCUGCCGCAGCUAAUCCAAAUCUUCCCUUCUAUACUGCCAGCGUUCUGGUUCCGAUCUCGCUACCGACGCCUACAAAACCGUCAGAAGGCUCUGGCUCGACGACAACCAACUUCAAAACACCAAAGAUCUUUCUCCCAACAUUCCAUAGCUGCAUUAUCUCGCGGUCUUAUAUCCUCGACCUUGCGCUCUCCUGGCACUCACCUGGCACUUCUGUGUCAAUGCCGUCCAUCACGCUCAAGACGCCAAUCCAGAUCACGGCUGAGGGCGGCACUCCGCCGCCGACCGCGACAUCUCGCCUUGCGAUGGGCUUUGGCGUCUCCGAGGCCGACGAGGCUGUCCUCCUGGCAGAGAUUGAGCAACAGUUCAAUCUUAAUCUGGAGAUGGGUCUUGAGAGUCCCAACUACGAGGAAGUCGCGCCAUUGCUGCACGCUUAUCGCAGGAGCACAGUACCUGAUCUGUUUGCUGGACCGGGUGGCGCGGAGGAGGAGUCUGCCAGUCCGCCAGACUAUGCGCCUAAUGCUACGCCUAGGCCAGGUGGAAGGGGUGUGGUUGUGGGUGGCGCAAGAACCAUGCGGGACCCGACAACCGCCGCUGGCGUUUACGCCCGCCGCCCUCGUCAAUCCACCAGUAACGAAACGAUGCAGACCCUUCAGCUCGUGGCCUCGCCGAGCCAGGCUCGCCGUCGAGAGCGGGAGGAAUCGCCACUACGGGAUGGGGAAUCGCUCCAAGCGAACAUGCCAUCACAAGCCGAACAUUCAUCUCGAGUACACGCCGGCCACCGUCUAGACGAUGCCGAUGUCUCAGGAGGCUCACCAGGCGAACCACAAAUACACCGAACGUGCGCUGUCUCCUGUCCAGACUACGCUCAAUCAACCGCUCGAGCCGUGAUGACGACGCCACGAGUCGUUACACGCUUCACGGCCGAUCCGACGGUCAUGAGUUUUAGAUCGUUGAGAUACCAGGCAUUUGCGCCAGGAGGCAUGGGUGUGGGAGGAUUGUUGUUGAUGGGCUUGGCUGGCUAG